AUGCGGGCGCUCUUCAAUAAAUUCACGGGGCUCAGCCGGGGGGAGAAGAAGGAGGCUGCACCGAUCGUACGCGAAAAGCCGGCGCUGGGCAAGUUGCCCGAGUGGCCGCCAGUCGCUCCAGUGCCCGCCCGCACCUCCUCCUCGGGCUCGAGCACCAAGCCAUUACCCGAUAUAUCUUCAAGGCUCGACACUCCAGAACAGAUCACGCCGCAGCGGUCACAGGAGAGCGGGUCGUACGCGCGGGGGCCGCUGUCGGACGUGCUCGAGGAGGGCUCGGACGCCACACCGUCCGUGCAGCCUGCCCAGGACUCUGCCGGCCGGAGCAGCAGGCGGCGUGAGAAGGACAGCGAGCAGCCCAAGAAGACGGUCGCGUUCAUCAGUCCGCCCCCCACGCCCGUCGGCCUCCAGGCGGUCCGCGACCUCCCUGACGACGACGACCGCGCACCACAGCAAAUAUCCAAAUCCUCCUCCUCGCGCCCGUCCAAAGACCCACGUGGAUCAAUGUCGACCGCCGCGUCGGGCUCGAGGACAGACGUCGGCUCGAGCCGAACCACCGCCAAGCCGGCGUCCACCCGCGGCGGGCCGUCACCACACCCUGGCCGGAACUAUACAGAUGUGGCCUCCAUCCAACAAUCCCUCCGCUCCGGCACGCCUUAUUCUCAGCGCUCAACUUCCACAAACAUCACCGUCAACCCGCCGGCUUCGUGGUCGGAAGGUGCCGAGGGCGACCUCGUUUCCAACCUCGGCGCACGAGAACGCACGCGGCAAGAAGUCCUAUGGGAAAUCGUCGCUAGCGAGGAGCGAUACGUCGCGGAACUGGUCAAGAUGCGCGAGACGUUCAUUGUCCCGCUAUUGCACCCAUACGCGACGUCACCGAUAGCGUCGCCCACGCUCGUCGACUACGACGAGUACCCGCGCUACGACUCGCCCAUCGAAUCCCUCGAACACCUCCCCAUCGCAUCUCGCUUCCUCUCUCCCGUCUCCUUCCGUUCCGACACACCCAACACAAUCGCCUCACGACGCGACGGCAAGGAUACUCCCAACAUUGACACCGAGUCAACUAUAUCCGACGAUGACGACGACCAGAUGGCACGCGCCUACUCUGGCGACUCCAGGAGGCACCCGCCGUCCUCUGCCAUGGCCAAGCACAAUCAUCCGCGCUCGCCCUAUGGCGCGUCACGAAAGGGCCAGAACCCGACCGUACCUUUCCCCUCACGCUCGCACCACUCCCUCCCACCACCCGCCCGCCAAAACCCCGGUGCAUCAACGACCUCGCUCGGUCGACAGAGCUACAUCGGUCCCUCUGGCGAUUCCACCACUGCAGCCAACACUCGAACAAACGGCGGCAAGGCGACGCCUACGCCGUCCAGCCGCGGCCUGCUGCGCAAGUCAAAACGCAGUUUGAAUGGGACUACCAACACCACCGGCUCGGGAAUUAUACCCAACGGAGGUGUUGCGCCGCAUCAGUUGCCGGAUGAUCUUAGGCUUUGUCUUGAAGCUGUCGAGAGCAGGAUUCUGGAGGGUCAUCUCAAGCUUAGUGAUGGAUUGAGGAAGAGGUACGAGGAGCAAUACCCGCUCGUGCGGUCUCUGGCGGACGUCUUUGUCGCGAAUUCGCACAUUCUGCGCGGAUACGCUGACUAUGUCCUUCACCUCGAACGCGCGCUCGACCAAGUUCAAGAAGCGCUCACCGCCGUCUCCAACUCCAAGCCCUCCAAACCCUCGAGCAAGUCCAAGAAGCCCGACGCGGACGAGUGGGCCAAAGUCUGCGCCGUCCUCCGCCGGCUCGAACAAGACGCGAACGACAAGGGCGAGACCGGCCUCGCGAUCUCCUUAUCGAAGCCCUUCCAGCGCCUACUCAAAUACCCGCUGCUCUUCCAAAACCUGCUGUUCCACACGGACCCCUCUACCUUCGAGUACGAGUCCACGCUGCAGAUGGUCGCGGAGGUCGAGACGAUCGUCAGGAGUAUCGAGGACGACAAGAUUCAGAAGGAGGAGCGGGACAAGACGCGCGAUGUCCUUGCGCGCAUUGACGGGCUGGACCGCGUCAGGCAGCUGGCUGCGCCUAAACCCUCACGGGUCUUACUUGAGGAGAAGCUGCUUGAGCCCGCAGGGGACAAGGGCAGCGGGUCCAAGGGCACCAGCACGCCGCCCCCAGCCGCGAGCGCCGGCGCAUCAGGUGCGGGCGCCGGCGCGCCGGGUAAAGCCGUCAAGGGCAAAUCCAGCCUGAAACGCUUCUCGGACGCGUUGGCACCGGGCGGCGCGAAGAAAGAUUUGUGGCUCGUCGUGUUCAACGACGUCACGCUCCGAUGCCAGCGGACGGGGACGACCUCGUUACCACUGGGCAGCGCACACUCCGGCUCGUCCUCGCGUGCGAACAGCAUGCCCGAGCUGCAAGGCGGCAAAUCAAAGUUCGCGUCCGCAGGCCGUCGCGCUUCCCACGCACGUCCCCGCAACCUCUACAAAUUCGUCAAGGUCGAGUCCUGGUCGAUCGGCGGCGUCGCGCAGCCCCGAGAGGGCGUUGUGAGCAUGGACGAGGUGCGCUCUAGGCAACAGGCGCACUUAAGCGUCCAGCCGCGGAUCGUGCCGAUGCCGGAGGAGAAUGAGGACGAGGACGGAGGGAUGGACUCGGACGACAGUGACAGGAAGAGCAAGAUGAGCUUCUCGUACUGGGGCGCGGACAAAGUCACGUUGCAAAAGCCGCUCGUUAAGCCGGGUGCGGUACGCGGUGCGGCUGUUCACAGCAGGACGGCGAAGCCCGGUGUAGCUUCUGCUACGGGCUACUCGCGCGAGUCAAGCGCAAACGCCAAGUUCGGGACGAGACUUGUGUCCGGCGAACAGCCUAUCGGUGCUGCCGCGCGGCCAUCGAGCAGGAGCACAGUUACGCGGACGCCUGUGCCGCGCGCUGGACGGAGCGACGACGGGCACCAGAGCGUCAAGGUCACUACGACGCGCCCGGAAUGGAACGGCUCAAGCACUACUCGACGCGCUGGCACUAGCACGCCCACGGCUGGCCCUGCGGCUGUGAAGAGGCCGAGGAAUACGAGCGGCCCGAGUGCAAGUGCUGUGGCGACGAAGACAAAAGUCACGACGGAGAGGACCGUGGACAAGGUGCUCUCCAGUCCCGCUCCGAGCGAGGAUUCGGGGAUCGGGCUGUACAAGAGAUAUCAACAACAAGAGACCGCCUAA